AUGACACUCUCAAAUGACAUUCAGCGGGGCAAUGUUGCAGCCGCCACACCACCUCAAAUACCCCAAAACCCCUCCCACGAAGAGCACCAGUACUUGAAUCUAAUCCGCCAAAUCCUCGCCGAGGGCGAACACCGACCCGACCGCACAGGAACAGGAACACGCUCCAUAUUCGCUCCAGUUCCCAUGCGCUUCUCGCUCUCAAAGCCCGACCCUGCAAAUGUAGAAUCGAAAAUCCCUGUUCUGCCCCUCCUCACCACAAAACGCGUCUUCCUACGCGCCGUCCUCGCCGAACUCCUCUGGUUCAUCUCAGGCUCGACAUCGAGCAUCCCCUUAUCUGAGGCCGGUAUCAAGAUCUGGGACGGGAAUGGCUCGCGCGAGUUCUUGGAUAAUGUUGGUCUUUCGCACCGGGAAGUCGGUGAUCUAGGGCCCGUCUACGGCUUCCAGUGGCGCCAUUUCGGCGCUGAGUAUGUUGAUGCUCAUACCGAUUACACCGGACAGGGUGUUGAUCAGCUGGCCGAUGUUGUGAGGAAGAUUAAAGAGACACCAUUUGACCGACGGAUCAUCAUGUCGGCGUGGAACCCCGCGGAUUUGAAGAAGAUGGCCCUCCCACCUUGCCAUAUGUUUGCUCAGUUCUAUGUCUCCUAUCCUGAAGGCAUCGAGGAAGGGAAAGGCAAAGGAAAGGGCGAGUUGAGCUGUUUGUUGUACCAGCGGAGUUGUGAUAUGGGCCUUGGCGUGCCGUUUAAUAUUGCUUCUUAUGCACUGUUAACGCACAUUAUUGCGCAUGCUACGGAUUUGAACCCAGGAAAGUUGAUCCACACGAUGGGCGACGCGCAUGUCUAUCUGGAUCAUGUGGAAGCUCUGCAGGAGCAGCUGACGAGGGAGCCGUCUGAAUUCCCCGAGUUGAAGAUUAAGAGAGAAGAUCGCGGUAGUGGUGUUAUUGAUGGAUGGAAAGAGGAAGAAUUUGAGGUUAUUGGAUACCAACCUCACAAGGCGAUUAAGAUGAAGAUGAGCGUUUAG